AUGGUCAACUGCACGAACAUCAUCGCCAUCCUGGCUGGCACCUACAGCCUCCUCAACACCAGCAGCACGCUCAACGGCGUCGACAUUCCCGACCGAGCCUACGGCGAGGACCCCGUCGGUAUCCUGACCUACAGCCGCUCCGGCUUCAUGUCCGCCACUAUUGCCGCCACCGAGCCCGAGCUGCGUCCGCAGAGCCUGACGUUCCCCUUCACGGACGAUCAGUCAGAGGCCGACUGGGCCCUCGUCGGCAAGCACGGCGUGGCCUACGCCGGGCCCUUCUCCGUCAGCGACGCCAUCCCCGCGACGGCCACGUCCGGCCAGAUCUUCCACGGACCCCUGACCGUCGCCAACGUGCCGCGGUGGGUGGGCACGAGGCAGACGAGGAACUACACCCUGUACGAGAAUGGGCGGCUGCUGCACAUCUCCUCGCAGCGCGACGGCGGCUUCCGUGGCGAGCUGUGGUGGGAGAGGCUCGACUGA